GCGGAUUUUUGAACGUUGCUAUUGUUAUUGCGAUAAUUGGUCAGACCGACAGUCUUUAGUUACACUCUUAAACAGAAAUUACAGAUUGUGUCAGAACAUUAUGACGUCUGUUACCGACCCAAGCAUGAGUGACAGGUUCACCAGUUCAUUGGAGGAGAUCCACAAUAAUCACCUUAAAGCAUAUGCAGAGAUAAUUGACACAAUUUCAGAGUUCUCUCACGAUCACAGAGAGUUUGUAAAAUCUGCUGUUGACACAUGUUUGAAGAAAUGCAAGGAUGACAAGAAGCUGUUUGAGACCAUACAGGAAUUUAAAACGGACCUGGAGAAAAAGAAAAUGGCACUGAAGGAGAAACGGCACGCCAUAUCAGAGGUGAUGUCUGAGGUUGAGGAAAAAGAGAUGCAGAAAGAGGACAUCAUCCUAAAAAUUCAGAAGUAUAAAGAAGAGCAAAUGAAGAGAAAACACUUAAUCGAGUCUCAGAAUAGAGCAAACAAAGACAGACUGAGAAACCUCCAGAAAGCCAGGCUUGUUUUCCAGGAUCAUUUGGGGCUGGAGAUUCGAACGAUUAUCGACAAGUCGCAGAUGGUCAAAAGUGAAAAGUUGCAGUUUAUUUUCCGAAACAUCAGUCUCUCUGACCAGGACAGCGCUUACGUCAUUACAAUGGGAAUUAAAGAAAAUGGAUCUUACCAGAUUGUGUCCAGCGAUCCGGCGCUCGAGAGCUUGCCAAUCUUGGAAAGCCAACUCCAGGAGACCAAUAAUUUACCAGCAUUCCUGGCCAAUGUCAGAAAGGAGUUCAUCUCUAAGGCUCGCUCCUGAGAUGUCACGG